UUACAUAGGGCUUUAAAUUGUUUUUCCUGAGCUUAAGAAACAAAAGAUGGUUUUGGAAAUGCUGAACCCAAUGCAUUACAACAUCACCAGCAUGAUGCCCGAAGUCAUGCCUGUGGCCACCAUGCCAAUCCUGCUGCUCACUGGCUUUCUUCUUUUGGUUUGGAAUUAUGAGGACACAUCUUCAAUACCAGGUCCUGGCUAUUGCAUGGGAAUUGGGCCCCUCAUUUCCCACUGCAGGUUCCUGUGGAUGGGGAUUGGCAGUGCCUGUAACUAUUACAACAAGAUGUAUGGAGAAUUCAUGAGAGUCUGGAUAUGUGGAGAGGAAACACUCAUUAUUAGCAAGUCCUCAAGUAUGUUCCAUGUAAUGAAACACAGUCACUACAGCUCCCGAUUCGGCAGCAAACUUGGGUUGCAGUGCAUCGGCAUGCAUGAAAAUGGCAUCAUAUUUAACAACAAUCCAACCCUCUGGAAAGCUGUUCGACCUUUCUUUACAAAAGCUCUGUCUGGCCCUGGACUCGUGCGCAUGGUGACAAUUUGUGUUGAAUCCGUCAUAACACAUCUGGACAGGUUGGAGGAGGUCACCAACGAACUGGGUUACAUCGACGUGUUGACCCUCAUGAGGCGCAUCAUGCUAGACACCUCUAACAUGCUCUUCCUGGGGAUCCCACUGGACGAAAGUGCCAUUGUGGUUAAAAUCCAGGGUUAUUUUGAUGCGUGGCAAGCUCUCCUUCUCAAACCAGACAUCUUCUUUAAGAUUUCUUGGCUAUACAGAAAAUAUGAAAAGUCUGUCAAGGAUUUGAAAGAUGCCAUGGAAAUUCUGAUAGAAGAGAAAAGACACAGAAUUUCCACAGCAGAGAAACUGGAAGACUGUAUGGAUUUUGCCACUGAGUUGAUUUUUGCUGAGAAACGUGGUGACCUGACAAAAGAGAAUGUGAACCAAUGCAUACUGGAAAUGCUGAUCGCAGCACCAGACACCAUGUCUGUCUCUGUGUUUUUUAUGCUUUUUCUCAUUGCAAAGCACCCUAAGGUUGAAGAGGCAAUAAUGAAGGAAAUACAGACUGUCGUUGGUGAAAGAGAAAUCAGGAUUGAUGAUAUGCAAAAAUUAAAAGUGGUGGAAAACUUUAUCUAUGAAAGCAUGCGGUACCAGCCUGUUGUGAACUUGGUCAUGCGCAAAGCCUUACAGGAUGAUGUCAUAGAUGGCUAUCCAGUGAAAAAGGGGACUAACAUUAUCCUGAAUAUUGGAAGAAUGCAUAGACUUGAGUUUUUCCCCAAGCCCAAUGAAUUUACUCUUGAAAACUUUGCAAAGAAUGUUCCUUACAGGUAUUUUCAGCCAUUUGGUUUUGGGCCCCGUAGCUGUGCAGGAAAAUACAUCGCCAUGGUGAUGCUGAAAGUCAUCCUCGUUACACUUCUGAGACGAUUCCACGUGCAGACUUUGCAAGGAGAGUGUAUUGAAAAUAUGCAGAAAAAACAUGGCUUGUCCUUACACCCAGAUGAGACUGGCAACUUGCUGGAAAUGGUUUUUACCCCAAGACAUUCAGAAAAGUGCCUCAAACACUAAAGAAGGUUGAUCAGUACCUACUCUGGAGCAUUUCUCAUCAGUAGUUCACAUGGAAAUCGCCCGUCUUUACCAGGUAGUAUCAUCCUCACAGUGGACAUUUGGUGGCCUGUGCCAUUUUAUAGGCAUACCUCAUAUGGGCUGUCAGCAAGCCAGGAAACAUUGGUUGUCUGUUCUUGUCCAAACCAGAGAAACAGACUUCCAAAGAAAAUAGAGGCCAACAGUUUGCAGGGGAAAUGGUCAAUUCCACAAAACAGGCUUUGGAAAAGAUAGGCCAUGAGGCAAAACUUAUGUCCGCCUUCCCACAAAAUCCCCACUGCCUUGUCCCAAGAACAUUUUAAUGUCUAGGGCGGAAGCACUCAAGUCCAUUAGAAAGACCAGGCUGGUGUCUGGGUAUUUAGGGCCAAACAUACCUGCUAAUGUGAAUAAAAGUGUUUUUAUUUAGUUUUUAGUGGUAGGGUCUACAACAUUCAUAUUCUUUGGAGAAAUGCUUACAAAUUCAGCAUUUGACUUUUCCUAUGAAUUAUUAAAGAAACUCUUGAUUAUCCACAGGUGACUUGUCUGUGGCAAAAGUUAAAUAGGAGACUCUCCUUUCCCAGUCUCUCAAUUCAUGCCUCAGCCAAUUACCUCCACUACAAUAGAUAUCAAUUUGGGUGAUACAAAGUAAUUUAAUAAUAGCCUAAGUAAAAUAUAAUUAGGACCACCCAUCUGUUAUAGGGGGGAAAAAAUCACACAAUGCAUUUCAAAUUCAAAUAAAAAUUAUUUUCUUCAUGUUUGCAUCCUUGCUUAGCUCCACUAGUGCUAACCAAGAGAUAACUUUAAAUAAUGGCAUCUAUUAAUUCUUAUAACAGCCCCCAGUGAUUUGAGGCAGGAAAAGUCCUCUAUAUCUAUAUCUAAUUCUCCAACCCAGUGGGCUCAAACCCAUUCCAUCUUCUUUCUCCCUCAACAGUCUUCCCUUCUCUCUCUUUCCCUUAUCCCAAAGUCAAUAGCAACAGAUCAGUGGAGAAUAUGGUCAGGGUAGAACCCCUGCAAUCAUCUUUUAUCCUACCUCGGAUUUAAUAGUUAUCUUAGAGAUUUAACAGCUAUUGAGUUUAUUGAAUCAUUACACAUAGCCAUGGAUAAAAUGCACACCUUAUGAUUAGCUCUUUAAAGAGAAUCAAGUAGAUGAGUUAAUUUUCCAAAUACCACUUUACUUGUGUUAUAUAGCCAAUAUGAUUCUAUCUGCUGAAUGCCAUUUAAAAAUUAAAAAUCAUUUGCAAAAAUUAAGCUCAUUACCAUUGAGUCAACCACCAACUCCACAUUUGAAUAUUCUCCUCAUCCUCCUGUUUGGCAAUAAAAUAACAACUGAGUAUAAAAUGAGAGUGUAAGCUCCUUGAGAGCAGCUCUUUUCUUUCUCUUACAAUCCAUCUCAAUCCCCCAUUCUGACUCCCCAGAAGGAAGGAUAGCACUGAAUAGACACUCUUGCUCAUAGAACCCCUAACUGACCCCAGAAUUCAACUAAAGAGAAGUCAGGUAUUAUAAGAUUUCAAGGAUAGGUAACAGUAAAGAGGAAAAUAUUUGAACUUGGAAUUAUUUGGAUCAUCCAUAUGGCCUAAACAUACACAUAAAUAUGCCUAUGUACUUGACUGUAUCCAUAGUUGGGUCUGGACAAUCAUCCAAAUAGUUCAGCCCCCUGAAAUAACGGCCAGGAUUUUAGAUUUUAAUGUAUCUAAGUUAAUUCUCUUGAUGACUGUUAACACACUUUGCCUCUGGCUGGAGCUUCACAGUAGAGGAAAAGACUUCAGAUUAGUGUACUUCACCCAUCCAGUUCCCUUGGAACAUCUAUUGUAUUUUGUAUGUAUAUAUGUAUCCAAGGCCUAUGUUUACAUGAUCAAAGUCAAACGGAGGGUUUAUAUAGUUGUAUACCAAUAUUGUGGAUACAAAAAUAUUCUGGGGAAAAACUAGGGGUGGGGGUGGGGGCAGGGGAAGAAUAGGAAGAGGGCAAAUGCUGGUUCGAAUGAUCCAAGCAAACUCUUCCAGAAUCAAAUUAUCUGGGUAAUCAUUCAAAUUUUCUCUCUGCUUAGCCUGUACCGACAAAUCCCAUAUGUUUGUACAGGUUUGGCCUAAAGUAUUUGGAAUACUGUUGAUUUUUCAUUAGGCUUAUCAACAUAUAUUUGAAAAUCCUGUUUUCUCUUCAGAAUUUUGCCUCAUUGUCCUGUACUUGUUACUCUUGAAUGUGCCGUGGAUUCUGUUUUUACCAGUUUUCAAAGAACUGGAGUAUAUAAAUUGUCAGUGAAAUGCAUGCAUUAUAAGGGCUCUAUUAUUGUAAAAUUGUGAGGACAGUUGUGCCCUCCCAUCCUCAGGUGUACUGGACACCCCCCUCUGCCUUUAUUGACAUCUCACUUUUUCCUACUCCAAGUGGAAAACAAUCACAUACAGAAAGCCCCACAUAUCAAGAAAUGUCAGUUGGAAGUUGUCACUUUUAUUUCUAAACAUCACCUUUUGCCUGUCGUGGUGCUAAUAUUCUAGUAAGUGUGUGGCCUUUGCCCACUAAAAAGAAUACUAGCUGGAACCUCCUCAA